AUGCCCAACAAGCUGGAUGGAAACGAGGAAACACCAGGUCUUGGAACCUCUUCAGAUGAACAGGACACAGACGUUGAAGAGCCUGGUCCAGUUGAAGCCUCGCAGGACUUGAAGAUUUUAGUGCUGUCCACAGAGCACCUGUCUGCAUUUCCUCCAGAGCCAGCUCCUGUUUGCUCCAUCCAUGAAAGAUUGGCUGGGAACAUCCUCUGUCCGGGGGAAGUGGUCUUUGUGAAUCUCACACCACUUUGGACCAUUUUUGGACCACGGGUGGUGAGAGCAGCAGACGUCGCUGUGACAGGGACAGAGCACAUGGAGCUGAGGCCUUGGGGCCAUUUACACCAGCGAGGGCCCCAGACACACAGGGUUGAGAAGUAA